AUGGCCGCUCCCAAGCGGUUUCCGACCCUCGUUCAACUGGAGCAGCGAGAAGGGACGCCCUUCGAGAUGCUCGGUAACCUCACCAAGCGGCCCUACUGGUUUCACUCCGAGUACCUGAAGAGUCCGAGGGCAGUUCACCUGGAGUCCUGGUUGGUGGAAGCGAUCUUCGGCCCGGGAGGAGAGCACAUCCCGCACGUUGAGUGCGUGUCGCAAACCCUGCUUCACGUUAAUCACUGGGACCCGGACGGCGAGGCUGAGAUCUUGAUAUUUGGCCGGCCUUAUUACCAGAAGGAUGUAUCCAAGAUGAUCAUGAACUUGGCUGACUAUCACCGUCAACUCCGGGCGCAAAAUUCCGGGCCCCCACCCCUGCAGCCUGAGCGGAUGACUCCUUACCUGUGGGGAGUACGUGGGACACAGGUGCGACCUCCUCCCGCGGCUCUUUUUCCAGGCUCUGAGAAGGCUCCUGCCCGAGAGGCCGGUACCCAGCGGUCCCCCGACGCAGUCCGGGAGGCGGCGACCCAGUGGUCCCCCGGCGCUGCCGGGGAGACCGGGACUCAGCGAUCCCCUGAUGCUGCCCGGGAGGCCGGUACCCAGAGGUCCCCCGACGCAGUCCGGCAGGCGGCGACCCAGUGGUCCUCCGACGCAGUCCGGCAGGCGGAGACCCAGUGGUCCCCCGGCGCAUCUCGGGAGGCCGGGACCCAGCGGUCCCCCGACGCAGUCCGGGAGGCGGCGACCCAGCGGUCCCCCGACGCAGUCCGGCAGGCGGCGACCCAGCGGUCCCCCGGCGCAUCCCGGGAGGCCGGGAUCCAUUGGUCCCCCGACGCAGUCCGGCAGGCGGCGACCCAGUGGUCCCCCGGCGCUGCCGGGGAGGCCGGGACUCAGCGAUCCCCUGAUGCUGCCCGGGAGGCCGGUACCCAGCGGUCCUCCGACGCAGUCCGGCAGGCGGCGACCCAGCGGUCCCCCGACGCAGUCCGGCAGGCGGCGACCCAGCGGUCCCCCGGCGCUGCCCGGGAGGCGGCGACCCAGCGGUCCCCCGGCGCUGCCCGGGAGGCGGCGACCCAGCGGUCCCCCGGCGCUGCCCGGGAGGCGGCGACCCAGCGGUCCCCCGGCGCUGCCCGGGAGGCGGCGACCCAGCGGUCCCCCGGCGCUGCCCGGGAGGCGGCGACCCAGCGGUCCCCCGGCGCUGCCCGGGAGGCGGCGACCCAGCGGUCCCCCGGCGCUGCCCGGGAGGCGGCGACCCAGCGGUCCCCCGGCGCUGCCCGGGAGGCGGCGACCCAGCGGUCCCCCGGCGCUGCCCGGGAGGCGGCGACCCAGCGGUCCCCCGGCGCUGCCCGGGAGGCGGCGACCCAGCGGUCCCCCGGCGCUGCCCGGGAGGCGGCGACCCAGCGGUCCCCCGGCGCUGCCCGGGAGGCGGCGACCCAGCGGUCCCCCGGCGCUGCCCGGGAGGCUGCGACGCAGAGCCUCCCCGAAACUACCCAGGGUUCCGUUACCAGGUUCUGA